AUGUCACUUCUAGCCAGUGGCGGGGUUAAAAUUAGAGUGAGUUCGGUAUUAAACAGAAAUGUCAGACAGUUUGGUAAGCAGCACUUGACCGAUAAUGAUGAGGAGACCUGCUGGAAUUCUGAUCAAGGCUCACCCCAGGUAAUCAUGGUGGAAUUCCCCAACGAGGUCUUAAUCAGUGAAUUAGUGUUGAAAUUUCAGGGUGGGUUCGUUGGUAAGGAUUGUUUGUUGUUGGGGCAGCAGCAGACGACAAACGAUGACACAAUAGAAUGGAAAGAAAUCAUGGAAUUUUUUCCUAAAGAUAUCAGCUCUGAACAGAUUUUCAAUUGCAAAGAAAGUGGAAAUCAGUUGGAACCAGUUAAAAAGUUAAAAAUCGUCUUUCAAUCGUCUUUUGAUUUCUUUGGUAGAGUAACUAUUUAUAAAUUAGACAUCAUUGGAUCUUAUGUUGUUGUAGAUAGGUGAUGAUAUUUUUAAUUAUAUAAUUAUAAAUCAAUUUCAUUUUAAUUACGUUAUAUUUCUAUAUUUAUAUUAACUAUAACAUUACUCUUAUUGUCAACAUUAACAUUACUUUAGUUAUAAUUAUACUAUCAUUUUAUUAUUUCGUUUAUUUGAAUUUGGAUAAAUAUUAUAUAAAUUGAGAAAAAAAGCACGCACGCUCACACACACGCACAAAUGACGUUGAGAACAAUUUAUUAUGACGUAAUAAUAAGAAAUAGAAAUGAAUUUUUUUAUUUUUAUACCAGAGAAAAAGUUAAGUUAGGAAAAAUUUAAAAAAAUCUUAUGAAAAUUUUAUCACAAAAUAUGAAGUACGCUAAAAUAAUUUGCCUAAUUUUUUUAAAACGUUCAAAAACAACUUAUUAAAUGUUAGAACAAAUUAUAGAGAAAAA